AUGAAAUUGGUCAACAAAUUCAUCGAUAAACACGGAGCGGGACAUGUCACCCUGCGGCCGGAAGAUGACGAAGAUAUGUGGCAUCUGUACAAUUUGAUACAGCCAGGCGAUUCAGUUCGUGCGCCAGCCAUUCGGCGAGUGCAAAACGUAUCCUCGACAGGAUCAACUGAAUCUCAUCGCGUCCGUCUGAACCUCACUAUCCAAGUCGGCCGAGUAGAUUUCUCGUCUGGAGCCGCUCCAGGUGCUUCAAAUACCGAGAGCACAGACCAGGAUGGAGGAUCAUCGGCCGGAACAACGUCUGCAGCUCUACAUAUCUCUGGACGCGUCAUCUCAGAAAACGCCCACGUGAAGCUCGGCGCCUUCCACACACUCGACGUAGAAGCCAAUCGCGACGUCCGAAUAGAGAAAGCCGAUGGAUGGGACAGUGUCGCCGUCGCACGCGUAGAAGAGGCCAUUAUACCUGGAAAAGGUGCUGAGGUCGGAGCCGUCGUCUGUGGAGAGGGUGUCGCCGCGUUCUGCCUGCUCUCUCAACAUAUGACCUUGAUUACCCACCGAAUAUCGGUCUCAAUACCCAGGAAAUCUGGAGGAUCGCAACACGACAAGGCUUUGGUAAAAUUCUACUCCACCCUAUACGACUCCUUCAUUCGCCACAUCCCAUACGGCAGUGUGGGCCUCCGAGCCAUCGUCAUUGCCAGUCCAGGCUGGGUUAGAGAUGCUGUCUACGACUAUAUCGUGACGGAGGCGGGCAGGAGAGGCGAUAAAAUGCUUCAAAAAGCAAUGAAGGAGAAGGGCAUUAAAGUUCAUAUCAACAGCCCACACGUGCAUAGUUUGGUCGAGGUCCUGAAGAGCCCAGAGGUUGCAAACCAGCUGAAAGAAACUAAGUUUGCAAGGGAAGGAAUGAUUCUGGAUAAGUUUUUCAAAAUGCUUGGAACUGAUGAGAUGCGAGCUUGGUACGGCCCCGACCACGUUUGCCUUGCCGCAGACAGAGGGGCAAUUGGGACACUUUUGAUAUCUGACGACCUCUUCCGGUCAAGUGAUCCCACGACGAGAAAGAAGUAUGUUGCUGUAGUCGAGGCGGUUCAGCAAAAGGGCGGCGAAGUGGUGAUCUUUUCGAGUAUGCACGAAUCUGGUCAACAACUUAACCAACUGACUGGAAUCGCCGCCAUCCUGACCUUCCCACUGGACGUCGAAGUCGUCGAGGCGGAGGAACGAGAAGAGGCUGAAGCGUGUAAGAGACAACAGGAAGAAGCAGACGGCGCGUCGUCACCCACCUAA